AUGGCGGCCGGGUCGUCCUCCUGCUCUCCGAUCCUCCUCCUCCUACUCUUCCUCGCCUCGGCCGGCGCCGGCACAGGCGAGGCUUCGACGUUGUCGACGUCGGCGCCGGCGCCGGCCCCUGCCCCGGCGCAGGAUCAGGACAGCAUCGAGGCCGUCUUCGUCCUUCGCCUGCGGCGGCGGCGCCACCGCGGCCUUGUGGUCGUGCCUGCAGCUGUACGCGGGCGCGAUGCCGGCGCUGCGGUGGGCGGCGCUGGCCGUGGCCGCGGGGCGGUACCGCGGCGCGCCGCAGGUGCUGCAGGCGGCGCAGUACGUCGCCGCGGGCUGCUUGAGGGCAUCGCGGGCGACGCGGCCGCCGCGCUGCUCCGCGAGAACGGCGGCUUCGCCGACGUGGCCUUCGUCGCGCACGCCGUCGUCGCCUCCAUGCAUGUCCACCGGCUGAUGAUCCGCCCACCACCGCUCGGCUACGCGAGAAUGGAGAAGCUCGUUGUACUCUCUACAAUGCCGUUGUUUGGGCUCGGCGGCUCUCAUCGGCAUGGCGCUGUGUACUGUGUAAGUGAUGUUGGCAUAUAUAGCUGUGAACUCAGUUGCUGCUUGCCGUUCAGCAGCUCUUCCCAAUUCUUCUCAAAAACAAAAGAUUUUCCACAUGUCAGCUGGCUUGCCCAAAAACUUAACGAUCGCCAUUUUGGUGCCGAAUGUCCAUAA